AUGCAGCCCCUCGACCUGCCUAAGAGUACACACCUGGAGAGCCUGGAUCUCUCCAAGGAUGUCAGGGACAAGAUUGUAGACCUACACAAGGCUGGAAUGGGCUACAAGACCAUUGCCAAGCAGCUUGUCUGUGCAGCCCUGCCCAGUCUGCUGCUAGUACUCCUGGGUCUGCUAGAGGCAGCUAGCGGUUGUCCCACUGUGUGCAUCUGCAACAGCAAUGGCACAGACUGUACAGGCCUGGCUCUGCUCUCCCUAACCACCGUCCUGCCCCUGCUGCCCCAGGACACCCGCACCCUCCGCCUGUCCCACAACAACCUCUCCUCCCUGGGCGACGGGGCCCUGUCCAACCUCAGCGCUCUGGAGCUCCUGGACCUUUCUGACAACCACCUCUCCAGCCUGCAACCAGGGUCUUUCUCCGGCCUCAGCGGCCUGCAGUGGCUCAACCUCUCAGGGAACUACCUGGGUGAUUGCCCCCUACUUACCCCUACAGUCCCCAGUAACCAGACGGAGGUUACCCAGUGUAACGGUAGUCGCUGGGGGUUGAGCCGAGAGCUGUUCCAGGGUCUUUGGAUACUGAAAGGGCUGGACUUGUCCCUGAACGGCCUGGUAGUUUUUCCCAAUGGGCUGCUGGACGGGCUCCAGGGCCUGGCCUGGCUGUCUCUGACUGGAAACAAGCUGCGGAGCCUGGACAGAGCCACCUUCCAGCCCCUGGGCAGCCUCCUGAGCCUCCAACUGGCAGGCAACCCUUGGGAGUGUGACUGCAACCUGAGGGACUUCAAGCACUGGAUGGAGUGGCUGCUGUACAGACACGGGCAGGUGGAUGCUGUGAAGUGCAACCUACCGAAGGAGCUGAGGGGGCGGGACAUCCGCAGCAUCCCCAUAGAGAUGUUCAACUACUGCCUGCAUUUGGAGAACCAGGCCAGUGUCCCUGGCUACGACGGGCCCCGUGGGGGGCGCCCACCCUGUGUCGGUCGGAUCAAUGGGCCCAUGAACGGGCCCCAGGCCAACCAAGAGGACUGUGUACGCCAGCGCUACCGGCCCAUUAGCGUGCGCAGGGCCUGGGGGACUCAAAUCGUGGCGGCAUGUGUGUGUGGUGUGGUGUGCGUGAUGAUGGUGGUGGCGGCCACCUACGGCUGUAUCUACGCCUCUCUCAUGGCCAAGUACCAGAGGGAGCUGAAGAACACAUGGCAGCCAUUGAUGGCUGGGGAGGGAGGGGAGGAGACAGACGUCGAGGAAGGCGUCUUUCCUUCCUCCCCAACAUCCCCAGCUGAGCCAGAACCAGAGUCCAGUCCCAUAGUCCACACAUACAGAAUAACAGGCUUUUGA